UCGCUAGUUUUUUUCCCCUCAUUCCUAAUAUUUCUUUGGGACUUGUUCGCCGUCACUCUUACUCACAAGUCUCUCAUCUCCUCACGGCAAUUGUAGCCACCGAUCGCUACCGUGAAAUUGUUGCCACUGGUUUGCAUCAUCUUCCCUGCAAUCAGCUUGGUGUCUCUCUCUCUCUCUCUCUCUCUCUCUCUCUAUAUAUAUAUAUAUAUAUAUAACUCUUAUUUCGGCCCUUCUUCUCUCAUGCCAAUCACCACCAAGAGUGAUAUUUUGCCCACCAUGUUGCCAUACCAGCCGAUGGCCACACCGUACAACCUACUGUAUGCUCUCUGUCUCUCCACCUUUUCCAUUCUCUGUCAUUCAAUACAUAUGGAGAUGGUAGUAUAUUUGCUUUUCAUUUUUUGUAUGUAAGAUAUUUUCUUGAUUUAAACUACCCACAUAAUGAAUUGUAUGUUAUAACUUAGGAAAACCACGAUUUGUUUUUAGGACAAAUAUCGGUUCAUAUUGAAACAGAGGUUGAAGGAUGGGGAUUACCAAGUCCGGUUUUAUUGUGUCUUCAAGAUGGACUCAAAAUACCCAAUGAGAAAUCAUCUCAUGAGUUUGCCUUGUUUUGGGUGCACGAAGAACCAAUGUUAUUGGCCAAUUUUAAACUUAGUAGUGAUGGUUAUAUAAAUAUAGAUUAUAAUUAAUUAAUGUUUUCUUUGGGUAAUUAUUUUUACUAUGUUUCCCUAUUUUAACAACACAUAAACUUGAGUAUUCAAGAUGCUUCUCUACUUAGUGGCCUAUUAUAGUAUAUUAUACUUUCUAUUAAGAUUUGAUAAAUCUUUUUGCUCACUAUAAGGUAAAUAUGCUAGUAUAGCCAACUGUGCAAACCAUUUCCCAAUUACAAUUAUUCAUUUAGAAUGCAUAUAUCCAAUGAAUGUGCCUUACUAAAUCAUUAUGUAGAUUUAUUUGAUGCAAUUCACAAUCGCCAUAAAAUUAUGCUUCACAUUAAAGCCAUUAAAAUCGUGGUGAAAAGUUUUUUGAACUGUUGUUUAUAUUGGCACAUCAAAUUCGCCCGCAAAUGAGCAGUCAAAAGAGAGAGGAGUCUGCUCUGUCUGCGAUGAUGACUUUGUUGCAGCAGUGGGUAGUCAUCGUUACUGACCGAAUCCAACCGCUUGCGCGCAAUUUCUUGUAGUGUCGAGGCCAAAAUCGUCAUUACAACUCACUUUGUAUAGUUCUGUUUUCCUAUUUGACGGACUAUAUAUUUAACUUUUUGCCUUAUUUUGAAAAUGGUGCUCGGAUGAUACUCUCUCCCUUGGUUGAACAACACAUUGUCACCACUGCUGCGACCUCAACCUUGCUACCAUGCCGUCAAAUCGUCACUGGUAAGCUCCUUGAUUGUAUGUGAAAUUUCCACCAUCGAACUACUUAAUUAUCUCUCUGAUCUACAUCUAUAAAUCUCACGAAGGCCCUCUCUCCCUCCCUCUCUCACUAGUUAUGCCCUAGCCUCUCUCAAUGCCAACUCCCUUUGGGAAAUUAAAACACUAUGUUGCCAUACUAACUGAGCAUUUCAGAGUGCCAGCCACCUCCUGCGGUAUUGAUCCAAGUUAUACACAUUGGAUCUUUCAUGAGGAGGGUGAAAGCUAGAGUGUGAAUUCGUCUUACAGUGAUGAAGAUGGCUUUGAUCCAAGUCGUAACUUUGUUGAUGAUAUGGAUGACAUGCUAGAGGACACGCGGGCUAGGACAUUCAUGGACCAUGCAAGUGGGGAACAUGAAGAUGAAAAUGUCCAGUCAAAACAAAGAACAUAGGCGUAAACAAAGGGUGAACCAUACAAGCGGAAAGACUUCAUUUGUUGUACUAAUGGAAAGGAAGAAGGAGAAGAAUCUAAUUGAUUUCUACAAAGAUGUGCAUUGGUCGACUAAAAGGGGGAGAUUUAUCACACCAACCACAAAAGACAAUUAUAAUCAGAUGGUUGAAUUGAUGAGUGCCAAAGACCCAGAGGCUCGGACAGAUGAAGCAGUAGCAACCAUAUUUAGGGAGGUAUUGGGACAUAGGUCCUGGUAUAACAGAGAGAUGAGCCACUCUGUUAUGCCCGAAUCAACUAAAGUGGCUGGAGUGAGCAAUGAGGAGUAUGAACGGCUUGCGGAAGAAAAUGAAACAAAUAGGAAAAAUGCAAAAUAUUACCAACAUCGGCUUGAAGAUAUUGAAGGUGGUUUUGCUGCUAUGAGAGAGCAUAUUCGGGAAUAUGAGCAACAUGUUGACUUGCGAAUGUCAGAAGUUGAGUCUCAGAGAGAGACUCAAACUGCAGUUCCUUAGUUGCUGUUUUGUGCAUGCCAACAGUUAAUUUUUUUUUUUUUUUUUUAACUUUUGACCUACACCUUAGUAUAGUAGUACUUUUGAUGAAGGUGUGGUGGGGUUGCUUAUUUAAGACUAUUGCAAGUUUGAAAAGUAGUGAAUAUAUUCUGAUAUUGCUAGCUAGAAAGGGUCAAGGAUCAUGGGAGGUAAAUUGCUUUCUUGCUCUAUAUUAACUCAAUGCUAUAUACAUACUAUAAUGUUGGGUAGAGGUCAUUUAUUCAUAGACCAACUUUUAAUAUAAAUUUUAUUACCAUUAAAGCGACAACUGAAUAAUAUUGGCUUUCGGUAGUCUGCUUGCCAUUUACUCUUUACAAUGAGAGCUGGGUUGCAAUGUUAAAAUACCUAUAGAGUUUCUUGGGGUGGUUGUUGGAAGGAUUAAGAACAAUAAAUGAUUUACCUACUGCUAGCUAAAAUAAAUGAGACAUAAAAAUACAUAAUUUUGUACUCUUCAUUAUAAGGAUAUUGCAUAUACAAUUGGCAUACAUAAUUUCAGUUAUACCUUACUGCCCUGAUAUAUAAUUUUUAGGCAUGCUUAGUGCUUUAUAUAACCACCUAGUGUUGUUGCCUACACUUUAUCUAUAGUGCUAUAGAUAUAUGUCAAUAUAACUACUUUGCCAUUAUGCAGUGUUUAUAUAUACAUCACAGGGAUCUUUUAAAGGAAGGGCAGAAAUGUUAGAAGCGAGCUGCACUAGCAAGGUGGUAGUGAGUGAGAGGUUGUUCAUGGCUCUGUGAACUCUAAGGUCUAUUUUGCCUCCAGUAUGGUGGUCCAAUCUUGGAUGUGCUACCCAAGACCCCAAAAAACAUUAAGUUUAAAUUUUUGCCCCAUUGUAUGUGGGGUAUGUAUUGUACAUGAAUUAUAGUAUAUAUGACUGCUGGCAUAUUGAAAUGAUAUGUAUGGAUGACAAUUUCCCUCUCAUUGCUAAACUAAGUUAUGGACAAAAUUGAAGGAAAAAGUAAUAUCUAGCAUUGAUAUUUGACAUACUGCUA